UUAAUGUGCGACUGCAAAGAACCACUAGAGAUGCACGUAUGAGAUGGGUUGUGCAGUGGAGAGUUCCUCAGAGCCUCAGUUUCCUCCUCCAGUUGCAUCAUUGCCCUGGUACUGAAGGAGCCGCUUCCUGCCGUCUGUCAUCGCGAGGAUGAGGAUGAGGAUGAGGAUGAUGCCGUUCAGUAGACGCAGGACGCACGAGCGCUCUUGAGCCAGAUCACUUUAAUCGAUCGUGACAUUGUGGCAUACAACAACUGUACGUUGGCCAAGAUAACGAAGGAUUGAAAUCUCGGCUUUCUCGCGAAACCUCUCCCGUUAUUCUGGAGCAGAAGUCCCCCUUUGAGAUGUGUAUUGGUCUUUUUUUUGAAGAUGUCGUCAUCCUGUAUGUUCAUGGCUCGGUUCUUUGAAGGGCAGAGAUGUGGAAGUGAAGGAGCACGAGCACGUUCAUUCUCUUCAUUAUAACGCCUCAUCUGUUGGAUACCAAUAUAAGCCACGCUAAUGGAAAAUACGGGGUCACAGGUGGUCUCGCUGGAGCAGCAGGUGGAGAGUGUGGAGAGGAGCAUUGUGUUCCUUAGACAGGAGCAGCUGUCUCUGCUGCAUGGACUACAUCUGGAGAUCCUGUCCCUCCAGAAACGCUGUACAGAACUUACACAGGAACUCAACAUGAAGCCCCCAGGCAGGAGUGAAGCAGGUGAGCUCUGUUGCAUUCCAAAAAUGUUGUUUCAUGUAUUUGUGAAUGGAGUUUUUGUAUUUUUAGCACAGGUGUUCAGUUCAGUACACAGCAACAAGAACAACAGCUAUAGCUAGUAUUUAGGUUCUAUGCUGGUAGAUAUUGAUAUUUGUUACUAGAUCACAUUUGAAAGACUUUGGCAUACAUGAAAACAUAUUAACUCUGAUAAUAAAUACAAUUAUCCAUUAGAUACUUCUUUUGUUGUUACAAUUCCAUAUAAUUUGCUAAAUUCUAGUGAUUAGAUUUAAUGCAAAUAUAGUGUUUUUAAUGACCAUGU